GCUUCUUUACCGAGACGACACCAAAUGGCGGAUGACGCCGGUGCUGCGGAAGGGCCCGGAGGCCCCGGGGGCCCUGGGAUGGGAGGCCGUGGUGGUUUCCGCGGAGGCUUCGGCAGCGGCGCGGGCCGGGGUCGCGGUCGCGGAGCUCGCGGAGGCAAGGCAGAGGACAAAGAGUGGCUCCCCGUCACCAAGCUGGGCCGCUUGGUGAAGGACAUGAAGAUCAAGUCUCUGGAGGAGAUAUAUCUCUUCUCCCUGCCCAUCAAGGAAUCUGAGAUCAAUGACUUUUUCUUGGAGGCGUCCCUGAAGGACGAGGUUUUGAAGAUUAUGCCUGUGCAAAAGCAGACCCGUACUGGCCAGCGGACCCGGUUCAAGGCAUUUGUCGCCAUUGGGGAUUACAAUGGACAUGUCGGUUUGGGUGUUAAGUGCUCCAAGGAGGUAACCACAGCCAUCCGGGGGGCCAUCAUCCUGGCCAAGCUCUCCAUUGUCCCUGUGCGGCGAGGGUGGGUGCCGGAUCCAGCAGCUCUUCAACGCGGGGCUCGCGGCAGCUGCGGGGCAGGUGCCCGGGGCCCCGCCCCCACCGCCCACAUCCUCGGGGAUUGGCUGCCGCGGGCGAGUGGGCGGCCCCAGGGAGAGUAUGAAGUUGGGGCACGCGCGCGCCGGCUGCGACCAGCGGGAGAGGAAAACUCCAAAGGCUUGCGCCGGAGCCCUGAGCCGACAGGCGCCCGUGUAGCGUCCGCGCCCAGCGCUGUGCGGUGCCAUGGGGGAGCGUGCCGGCCCCGUGUUGUCCGCAGGGUCUGGCUGCUCAGUCUGGAGGGAGAGUCCACGGGUGCAGAAAUGCGGGGAACGAAGCGCCAGGGAGCAGAAGUGGUGUGA